AAAAAAAUCAAAAUGCUACGAAAUACGUUUUUUGCGCGUAGCAAAAACAUGCCAUCCUUGGAUAGAGCUUUGUUCAAACUCGUGUAUCCAGCACGCUGUUCCAUUGUUAAUACUAAGAAGAACUGUUCGCAAAUCCAAUUGGAGCCUACAAAGUUAAAGAUGAAUUACAAGAAGAUAGAGAACAGCAGAAUCCACCAGAAUUUGGCGCUUAUGACUCCACGAAAUGUUUUAGAUCAGAAUGGCUUGUAUGCAAAUUUGUUAAGUUUGAAUGACAUUGUCAUGAGGCAUUCAAAUUUAUACCAACAAAGGUAUUAUUCAUCAGAUAGUACGAUACAAACAAUAGAGGCAAUACAUAGAAUUACUAAUAAUGAAAAGAAGAGAGGUCGUAAGAAAAAAGCUGUUGUUGAAAUGCCAUCUCAAACUUCUGAGGUACCACAGCAGUUGAAUUACGAAGAUUUAAAACCUACAGAAUUAAUUGAGCUGCAUAAGAUGUUCCCUUUCUCCAAAGCUAUAUUAAAUAAUGUAUAUCAGGUUGUUGCUCAGGAGAUGAAAGAUAAAUCUUUUAUAGUAAAUCCUUCUUAUACAUUCAAAAACAAUGGAAAUUAUGCACCUUCUUCUUGGGAAUGCACCUAUCAUUUAAAGUGGCCUGAGAACCUGUAUUUUGUUAGUAGUGGUUCUACAAAGCAGGAGGCAUCUACAAAGGCAUCUUUAUUAGCUCUGAAAUAUUUGAAUAAAUAUGAUCAUAUCACUAAUGAUAAACAACCAAAGCUGGUGAGUAGAGAAACAGAGAAGAAACUUAAGCAAAGUUUGGAACCACUAAAAAUUAAACCAAAUAUCAUUAAUGAUAUGAAUUACAUUGUGCAAUGUUAUAACAAUGAAUUGGUGCCAUUGUUAAAGACCACUUUAGAAGAUGAUGUAAAUAACAAUACAUGUGAUAAUGGUAGUGUUGAGGUGAAUUGGCCACAGAGGGGAAGGUCAAGGCAGAUGUACAGAGGCAUGUCUCAUUACAUGGCCAAAGAACCUGUAAAAUUGCCUAUAGGAGAUUAUAAAGAUAUAAUUAUAGACUCUAUAAGAAAUAAUCAAGUUGUGAUAGUUAAAGGUGAGCCUGGUUGCGGUAAGAGCACCAGAGUACCUCAGUAUGUGCUGCAGGGAUGGGCGCAAGAGGCUUCCGAGGAUAAGGAUUGUAGAAUCGUUGUUACGCAGCCCAGAAGGAUUGCGGCUAUUUCAUUAGCAGAGCGAGUCGCGAACGAACGUGAAGAAACUGUUGGUUCGACAGUUGGUUACCAAGUACGACUGAAAUCGAAUUUUAAUAGGCAAACUGGUCAUAUUUUAUAUUGCACUACUGGUAUUUUAUUAAGACGAUUGCAGUCGGAUCCGAGAUUAUCCGAUUGCAGUCACAUAAUAUUAGAUGAAGCGCACGAAAGGGACGUCAAUACUGAUCUAUUGAUGAACUUGCUGAAAAGGGCACUGGAAAUUAAUCCGGAUUUGAAAUUGAUUGUGAUGAGCGCAACGAUAGACGCCGAAGUAUUUCAGCGUUACUUCAAAGAGGCUUCUAUCGUACACGUACCCGGUUUUACACAUCCAGUGAAGGUGAAUUUCCUGGAUAAGACGAAAAACAUGGAGAAGACUAUGAAGAUGUGCGAAGGGAAUCAUCCUACAGUUGUGCACGAGGAUGUCGUUAAAUUAAUUAAUUUUAUACACACGAAACGCGACGAAGGAGCGAUUCUGUGCUUCCUUCCUGGUUGGGACGACAUUUCGAAAGUGCGCAAAUUGUUGCCGCAGAACUCACAGGAUAUGAUGGUCCUGUGUUUGCAUUCGCGUCUCCAGGAUUCGGAACAAAGGUUGAUCUUUUCCAAAUCACCUCCUGGUGUUCGAAAGGUGAUUUUAGCAACAAAUAUAGCGGAGACCUCAGUCACAGUCGACGAUGUGGUUUACGUAAUUGACACUGGCAUACAGAAGGAGAAGCGAUUCGAUGUCGAGAAAGGAAUUGCUUGCAUUGAUAAUCAUUGGAUAUCAAAGGCGAGCAUGGCGCAACGGAAGGGACGCGCCGGUCGAGUGAAACCGGGCGAAAGUUUCCAUUUAUAUCCUAAAUCGAAAUAUAAUGAGUUCAUCGACUAUUCAUUGCCAGAAAUCCUGCGCACCUCGCUCACCAAAAUUGUGCUGGAUGGAAAAGUCUUCAGCAACAACAUGAUUGCUACUGAGUUCUUGAGCGAACUGCUCAGUCCUCCAGAAGAAUCCGCUGUGCUUAAAGCUGUUGAUGAACUGAAGGAGUUGGAGUUGCUCGAUGAUAACGAAUGCCUUACGCCGCUCGGUAGAGUUUUGAGCGACUUUCAAUUGGAACCUAAUCUUGGGAAGGCGUUGGUCAAUUCUGUUAUCUUCAAAUGCGUAACUCCAAUUGUGGAUGUAGUCACCUUAUACUCAGCCGAAUCAGAGUUAUUCACGACUGGUAUGGUUGACAAAACUAGUGUCAACAAAUGUAAGCGUGAAUUCUCGAAGACUAGCGAUCAUUGGGCCAUGUUAGCAAUAUUUGAAAAGUGGUUGGAAUAUAUGGAAGAUGGAGACCAGUACUUGGCAAAACGAUUUUGCAAUUUAAAUAAUUUAGUUGAAUAUAAAUUAUUUACUAUAGAAAAACUACGCCAACUACAUUUCGAUUAUUUGCGGAAAGGAUUGUACAAUAGUUUGGCGAUAGCUGAUGAUAAUUCCGAUAACAAUGAAUUGGUAAAAGGCGUUUUACUUUCUGGUGUCGGAACUGUUCUUCAGCACAGAAAUUUCGACGUGGUGAAAGGUCGUAUGAAAAAAACUAAUAUUUUAUUAACUAGGAACAAUCAUAAAGCAACUAUUACCUCAGAUAGUGUAAAUUUUAAACGUACAAAUUAUCCUACGAAUUAUUUAUUAUACAUAAAUGAAACCAGAUCAAACAUUCGAAGGAUUACAGUUGUUCGUGAAACUAGUCUAAUUUCCCCCCUUUCAGUAUUAUUAUUUAAAACCAAUAAAUUAUUGAUGGAAGAGAUUCCAAAUGAGAAGUACUCUAAAGAUAUAUUAUCCCAGGACCAAGUGAUGGUUAAGUUGGCAAAUACCAAGUUAGAAUUUGUCUGUGAUAGAAGACAAGCCGAUGUGUUGUUGCGAUGCAAAAAUGCAUUGGACUCUGGUAAACAAUAUUACAUCUAUCAGUUAACUAAAGGUGGAGAAGUCGAUGGCGGCUUGAACCAGAUCUGGGAUGAAAUACUGUCCAAACUGAACGAUAUUUUGGCCAACUUUGCGGAAGAUUGUUAAUUUCUUUAGCUUCCUUUUGUUUGUAUUACUUGCGAACUAUUUUGAUAGCUCGCACAGUUUAGAAAAAUGUAUUUAUUUUUGUUAUCAUUUAUUGUUUCUAAAUAUAGUGUGAUCGUUUAUAAA